UGAGGUGGCCAGCCGCUGAUCCACCGGUGUCAUGGCUUCCUAACAGGAGGGGGAAGUGAUUGAGAGCAAAACAAGGAUUUUUGUUGAAUGCCCGACGGAUAAUCGCCCUUUCCCAGAACCUGAGAUUGGGACAGAGGGGCUCGGCCUCCCUUUUCGCCCCCCGCGGCCGCCCCUGGGAUCCAGGAUAUACUUUAAUUUUUAUCGGUGAAUUUCCAUUCGUAAACCGUGGAAGAUGGCCGACCCGGCGGAGUGCACCAUCAAAGUGAUGUGCCGUUUUAGGCCCCUGAACAGCUCCGAGGUGACCAGAGGCGACAGAUACAUUCCCAAGUUUCAAGGGGAAGACACCGUCGUAAUCGCGGGUAAACCGUACAUGUUUGACAGAGUGUUUCAGUCAAAUACAACACAAGAACAAGUGUACAACGCCUGCGCUCAAAAGAUUGUAAAAGAUGUUCUGGAGGGAUACAAUGGAACAAUUUUUGCAUAUGGGCAGACGUCAUCUGGCAAAACACACACCAUGGAGGGGAAUCUCCAUGACACAGAUGCAAUGGGCAUCAUCCCCAGGAUAGUGCAAGACAUCUUCAACUACAUCUAUUCCAUGGACGAAAACCUGGAGUUUCAUAUCAAAGUUUCAUAUUUUGAAAUCUACUUAGACAAGAUCCGGGACCUUUUGGACGUGUCAAAGACCAAUUUGUCAGUGCAUGAAGACAAAAACAGAGUACCCUAUGUCAAGGGCUGCACUGAGAGAUUUGUCUGCAGCCCAGAUGAAGUCAUGGAUACAAUUGACGAAGGCAAAUCUAACAGACACGUAGCAGUUACAAACAUGAACGAGCACAGCUCCAGGAGUCACAGUAUCUUCCUGAUAAACGUUAAACAGGAGAACACUCAGACAGAGCAGAAGCUCAGUGGAAAACUCUACCUGGUGGAUCUGGCUGGUAGUGAAAAGGUCAGUAAAACAGGUGCUGAGGGAGCAGUGCUGGAUGAAGCCAAGAACAUCAACAAGUCCCUGUCAUCGCUGGGAAACGUCAUCUCUGCACUGGCUGAAGGAACGGCCUACAUCCCUUAUCGAGACAGCAAGAUGACCCGUAUCCUGCAGGACUCGCUGGGUGGUAACUGUCGAACCACCAUUGUUAUCUGCUGCUCGCCUUCCUCCUUUAAUGAGGCUGAAACCAAAUCCACCCUUAUGUUCGGACAGAGAGCAAAGACCAUCAAGAACACUGUGACAGUGAACAUUGAGCUGACAGCAGAGCAGUGGAAGCAGAAGUAUGAGAGGGAGAAGGAGAAGAAUAAGACUCUGAGGAACACCGUCACCUGGUUGGAGAAUGAGCUCAAUCGCUGGAGGAAUGGUGAAAGCGUGCCAGUGGAGGAGCAGUUUGAUAAGGAGAAGGCCAACGCCGAGGUGCUGGCCCUGGACAACAUACUCAACGACAAGCCGGCCUCCACGCCCAACGUGCCCGGCGUUCGCCUCACUGACGUGGAGAAGGACAAGUGUGAGGCUGAGCUAGCCAAGCUUUACAAACAGCUGGACGAUAAGGACGAGGAAAUCAACCAGCAGAGCCAGCUGGCCGAGAAGCUGAAGCAGCAGAUGCUGGACCAGGAGGAGCUUCUAGCUUCCUCCCGGCGUGAUCACGAGAACCUCCAGGCAGAACUGAACCGCCUGCAGGCUGAGAACGAGGCUUCCAAGGAGGAGGUGAAGGAGGUGCUGCAGGCUCUGGAGGAGCUGGCUGUCAACUACGACCAGAAGAGCCAGGAGGUGGAGGAUAAAACCAAGGAGUUUGAGGCUAUCAGCGAAGAGCUCAGCCAGAAAUCGUCCAUCCUGUCUUCUCUGGACUCUGAGCUCCAGAAGCUGAAGGAAAUGUCCAACCACCAGAAGAAGAGGGUGACUGAGAUGAUGUCAUCGCUGCUCAAAGAUCUUGCUGAGAUUGGCAUCGCUGUAGGCAGCAACGACAUUAAGCAACAUGAGGGUGGCAGCGGUCUGAUUGAUGAGGAGUUCACAGUGGCCCGUCUGUACAUCAGCAAGAUGAAGUCAGAAGUGAAGACGAUGGUGAAACGCUGCAAGCAGCUGGAGAGCACCCAGUCAGAAAGCAACAAGAAGAUGGAUGAGAACGAGAAAGAGUUAGCAGCCUGCCAGCUCCGCAUCUCCCAGCAUGAGGCUAAAAUCAAGUCCCUGACUGAGUACCUGCAGAACGUGGAGCAGAAGAAGAGGCAGCUUGAGGAGAACGUGGAUUCUCUUAAUGAGGAACUCGUCAAGCUCAGCGCUCAGGAGAAAGUCCAUGCCAUGGAGAAAGAGAACGAGAUCCAGACUGCCAAUGAAGUCAAGGAAGCGGUGGAGAAGCAGAUCCACUCCCAUCGCGAAGCUCACCAGAAACAGAUCAGCAGCCUGAGAGACGAGCUGGACAACAAGGAGAAACUCAUCACCGAGCUGCAGGAUCUGAACCAGAAGAUCAUGCUGGAGCAGGAGAGGCUCAGAGUGGAACACGAGAAACUCAAAUCCACCGACCAGGAAAAGAGCCGCAAGCUGCACGAGCUUACGGUGAUGCAGGACAGAAGGGAGCAGGCCAGACAGGACCUGAAGGGUCUGGAAGAGACAGUGGCCAAGGAGCUGCAGACUCUGCACAACCUGAGGAAACUCUUUGUUCAGGACCUGGCCACCAGAGUGAAAAAGAGCGCUGAGAUGGAUUCAGACGACACAGGUGGGAGUGCAGCUCAGAAACAGAAAAUUUCCUUUCUUGAGAACAAUCUUGAGCAGCUCACCAAGGUUCACAAACAGCUGGUGCGUGAUAAUGCAGACCUGCGCUGUGAGCUUCCUAAACUGGAAAAGCGUCUUCGCGCUACGGCUGAGCGGGUCAAGGCCUUGGAAUCUGCUUUGAAGGAAGCCAAGGAGAACGCCGCCCGCGACCGCAAGCGCUACCAGCAGGAGGUCGACCGCAUCAAGGAGGCCGUCAGGGCCAAGAACAUGGCCAGAAGGGGACAUUCAGCCCAGAUCGCCAAACCCAUUCGGCCUGGGCAGCAGCCAGUGGCGUCUCCCACCCAUCCCAACAUCAACCGCAGCGGAGGAGGCUUCUACCAGAACAGCCAGACGGUGUCCAUCAGGGGCGGAAGCAGCGCAAAGCCCGAGAAGAACUGAAGAGCAGUGGGACAGAAGGACGACACCACAGAAGAAGCCAAUAUCACCCCCCGCCCACCCCGACAACCUGUCAUUCCAUUACAGACAACAGGCUCCUCGUCGCAGCUCUGGAGCCACGAAGGAGUUUCUGAAUUAUAAAUAUAUAUAUAUAAAUAUUCCCGGCCUGUACAGCUCCAGUCCCCCCCAAACCCCCCAACACACACACACCCACUCACCCCUCCCCCAAUUCUCAUCAUGACUUAUCUCUUUUUCUCUUACUGGAUAUAAUAAAAGAAAAGAAAAGACAACAAUUUUAAUUUACAAAAAGGCAAGAUAAUAUUGUUAUUCACUGAACCAAACGCAGUCUUGAGCGCAGCCUUGGCGAGCGAAACCGCGCGCGACUCGAAUGUGUAGCUUCGGUUUCGUUUUUGUUUUGCACAGUCUGUCGUCAUCCGUCGUCGUCGUGCGAGUAGUUCUGCACUGUGCCAAGCUGAAUGUAAACGGUAGCAAGAUCCGAAAAAAAACAACAAAAAAAAAGGAAAUAAGCACCUAAAACGGGAAAAAAAAAAACACAAAAAAAAAGACCAAAAACAUAAAAAAUGAAGAGGAGACCCUACCAAGAGAACUAGCUUGACCCUAUAGGCUAACCUCUGUACAUUUCAUCAUUAUUCUUAUCAUUGGUUGUUAACCACACUUUUCUCUGAAUAGAUUUUACAUGCUUCUUCUUUAAGGAAAAAAAACUACAAAAAAACUGUUUUGAAUUGACUAGAUGGCGUCGAGCACUACUGUUCAGUCCGGUCUUGUUGUACAGAUGUAAAAUUGGCACUGCUGCACAUGUUUCCCUGGAGAGACGGCUACGAGAUGAACGGCAGGGGAGCGGCUCAAAAGAAGGAUUGAAAAAAGUAAAAAUACGAGAAGCCAAGACGUGCGACGGUGUACUGUAGAUGUAUUUAACUAAAUACCUGUGGAGGCCAAUUGUUUUUAUCAUUAAGUUAAAAUAAAUCCUAUACUCGUUAUUGGUGACUUCAUGAGAAGGAUGUAAAGAAUGUAGACGGAAGGAAGGAAAGAGGAGAAUGAUCCGGUUAACACGACAAAACUUCCACCUUUUAGCAUAGCCUAUGCUAAGUAGCUAAAUGUACUGUUUUUACUUCUCUCAGUGGUUAAUGAUGCUGUGUUAAUGGACGCUAUUUAUAUCUCUCUGCACAUCAGAGCACAUAGACUGCAGGCGUAUAGACUGAGAAGGCACACGAUGCUUGUCCUGUCCUAGCUGGGUCCCCGUCACUCACUCAUCUCCCUUCACUCACAUAUCAGGACCUUUUUUUUUUUGUUUGUUUGUUUGUUUGGUUGUUUUUUUUUGUUUUAGUCGUAAACCUAUCAGGAAUUGUUCAAUCCCUGCCCUGUCAUGAUUUCUUUUCAAGGGUGCCUCGCUUCUUCUUCUUUUGUCUUCCCUCCAACACCACCCCGAUUAUUUUUUUUUCUUUUUGUUGUCGUUGUUGUUGUUGUUUCUUAAUAGAUUUGAGACCUGUAACUGUACGUGCCCCUUUUGGUUGUAAAUUUGCAGAAAGCGACGUGUUGAUGCUGGGUUUUUAUGUACUGUAUCUCUUUUCAUUGUUCCAUAGACGGUGUAGAUUUGUAUUUGGAGGGGAGCGCCGGGCGGUGGGGGUGUCAGUCGAUGGGUCGGACCCUUGCUGCUGAUCAGCCAGUCAGGGAGAGCAGGGUCUAAAAUUGCACAAUAAUCUUCUGUCAUCAUCUGGAGGAAGGGUUUAUUUAACUAAAUCUAGCCACGGGUUGUAGGACUUAUGUUGUGUUUUGUUGUCCUUGUAUUUUUAGUGUUUUUUUUCCAUUACUACUUUUUUUUUUUUUUCAUUUUAAGUCCCGCCACAUCUUUUUCUUUUUUCUUUUUUAACCCUGUGAAGCCCCAGUGUAUUGGUAAAAGGCUUGCUGUGAUUGUAACCCCAGCAUGAGAACACUAACAUCUUGUGCAAGUGCAAUAUACUGUAAAAUACACUGUAUAACAGUUGACUGGCAGGUGGGAUCAGGGUGUGUUAGCAGCAGCAGCAGCAGCAGUCCUGCCACUCCUCUUUUCUGUUGGCAUUUGUUACACUGGCUCUCUGAGUAUUUUCUCAUUGAAGGCUUUUAUUGGUCUUUCUGAAAAGCUGAAACAUGAUACAGAGUCGAUGCUGGUGGAUGGUUGAGGCGGUGCUCAAUCUUCACAAGCAGUACGCUCACAAUCAUGCAUUGAAAUUUGAAUAAUACGUUUAAAGUUGAAGCUUUUUGGAAAGGCACAUUAAAUUUCUAUUGAAUUUUUUUUUCGUUUGUUUGUUUGGCAGAGACUAGUGGAACAAAUCCAGCUCGAAUAGGGGACAUUUCGGCUUUCUCUAAAAGGUGUAAUACUAAAAAAAAAAACCUGUCAUUUUCAAACAAGAAAGUUGGGUUUAUAAGCACUUCUUCACAAUAUCUGCACUCGGAAAAAAACACUCCAUAUGUGGCUGUUUUUGACUGGAGGGGGGAAAAAAAAGAAGUUUCCAAAGCCCUGCGAGUGGAGCUGCUUGUCGAAUAAAUUCAGCAGUGAUAAUUGCAAGCUGCAGGGAGGAGUAGCUCCACCGUAUCUGUGACAGGACAGCGUUUGGUGUCUAUCGGGACGGUUUAUACCCUCUGUGUAACCUUCUAGAUUAGUUUGCAGCAUGGACCUCAAAAUGUUUAUCCUUUGACCUUCCACCAAAACUGGAUAUGAAAUGGGGAAAAAUAGUAAAUAAAUACAGCAAAGAACAUUUGUGAUGUUUGCCGAAAUUCAAUUUUGCAUUAAUUCUAAAUUAAAAAAACAAAACAAAAGUGUAGCCACUUUUUUUAUUACUGUGUAAUAGUUGGUCAAUUUUUAAAGGACAGUUUUGGGGAUCCAUCAGUGGACAAGGUACUGGAUCAUUCCUGGAGAACUGGGGCACAAAUAGCAGGGCUCUGAUAUGGACGGAGACGGGAAGUUAAUGAGAUCACAGUUUUGGAUUGACUGCAUGAUGUAAAUGUAUGUGUGAUUAAAUAAUUAUGAGAAAACA